CGCUCCGACUCGGGAACCAGAGCAUCAGCAGAGAUAGCAGGGAAUCAGUGGCUUAACUCCUCAGGCUAACUCGCUCUCAGCUUUGGUUCGGAAUGGAAACAGCAACUUUUACGCGGAGCCAACGCAGCUCCUUUGCGCACAACUUUAAGAGCGCUCUCUCGCUCUGGCUGGUUGUCUGGCUGGUCGUGGUAAAACCCGUGCCUGCGCAGAACUGCCCUCACCGGUGCGUGUGUUACCCGACCCCCAUGACUGUGAGCUGCCAGGCGCAGAACUUCACCAUCGUGCCCACCGGCAUGCCCUACGAAUCCCAGCGCGUUUUUCUGCAGAACAACCGCAUCACUGAACUGAGAGUGGGGUCUUUUGCUUUUGGCACACAGGUGCUGUGGCUCUUCUCCAACAACAUAACCUGGAUUGAGGCUGGUGCAUUCAGUGAGCUCCGUGAUCUGGAGGAGCUUGACCUGGGCGACAACCCUCACCUGCACCGCCUAGAGGGCGGAGCUUUCCGUGGCCUGGAGAAGCUCCAGAGCCUCCACAUGCACCGCUGCCGUCUGGCUGCCCUCCCCCAUGACAUCUUUCACAAGCUCUACAGCCUGCAGUUCCUCUACCUGCAGGAGAACCAGCUCCACUUCAUCCAGGAUGAUCUCUUUGCUGACCUGAUCAACCUCAGCCAGCUCUUCCUUCACGGCAACCGUAUCCGCACCCUGUCCGAGAAUGUGUUCCGUGGUCUGGUGAACCUUGACCGGUUACUUAUCCACGACAACAGGGUCCGUCAAGUCAACCGCCGCGCUUUCCGUGACCUGGGCAGGCUGACCAUGCUCUUUCUCUUUAACAACUCCCUGGCAGAGCUGCCCGGUCAGGCCAUGCGUGACAUCGACUCCAUCGAGUUCCUGCGUCUGAACAACAACCCCUGGGCAUGCGGCUGUGAUUCUCGCCCCCUCUGGGAGUUCUUCCGAGGUGCCCGUGUAUCCAGUUCUGAUGUGAUGUGCGCUUCCCCUGCUUCUCGUCGUGGACAGGACCUGCGCUUCCUGAGGGAGAUGGACUUCGCCUUGUGCCCAGUUCCCGACCCUGGUUCUCUCAGCGGCUCCACCACCACCACCUUCAGCACCAAGACCCGCUGGUGGUUCUCCAAGCAUAAGCCCGUCAGCAGCUCCAAGGGCAUCUUCGAGAAGAGCUCCGAGACCAAGGCGCACCCCUUCACAGCAGGAAAAUCUCAACAUCCAUCCAUUACUUCCACAUCUACAAAGUACGAGCUCGCAGAGGAAGAGGCUCUUCUUCCCAAGCUUGACCAGGAAGAGUACUGGGCAAACUAUGGCAACGAAGAUGCAGGCAUCACCUCCCUACGCUGCUUCGAGCUUGAGUGCCCCCCUGAAUUUGACUCUCUGCCACCCUCCUCUUCUUCUUCUCGCUCUUCGUCUUCUGUCCUCUUGCUGCUCUCCAUGUCUGUCUUGACUGUGUGCACCCAUCUCCUCUUUGGCUAAAUCCAUCCAUCUCCAAGAACCUUCACCCCCUUAAUUUUUCGCCUCUCUGGAGGAGGAAAAGUCAGGUUUUACUCAAAUUGACUUCAAUGCCUUGAUUCCUGUUUACCAUCAGCAUCACCUGUAUCUUUGUUCUGUUCAGUUUGAGCCUCUAGUUCUUUGCAUCUAGAGGGCACUAUUACUGAUGUAGGAUACAGUGGGUAAUCAAGGGAACGCUGGGCAGUGCAGGAAAGAUGUUCAUAGGGCUUGGUUAGCAAAGUUGAUAUGCUGUCCUUCUUUUUUUGAGGGCAUGCAUAUUCGAAGCCAUCUCUGUCAGUCAGUGCAGACAGAGGAUACGAAUUUCCAUCUUAGGUUUAUGUACAAUAUUUGUAUGCUUCUAACUUUUUAGUCACUCUAAGUGCUUCUAUGAUAGUUGUAACUAUAGCUUGUGAUGUCACUUCGACACCCUCUAACUUCAACGCUGUCAAGGCUACAGUCCCAUUUCAGACCAAUGCUAAUGAUUCAGUUGUUAACAAAUGGCAUCAUGAGCAACGCGCUAUGAUCCAUUUUGUUUUGAGUGCAGUGACUGAAUGUAAGAUUUUAUCUUAACUGUACGGGCUGUAACACAUUCAGGGCUAUGUGAGAGAGAACAAAGAGAAUUGAAAGGAAAGCAUGAUGGAUUGAGGAAUUUGAAAGGUUGCAACAGCCAGAGAGAGAGAGAAAGCAUGCGAGAGAAAAGAGCGAUAGAGUACGCACGAGAGAAGGCGAAAGAAAUUCUAUUACAUCACCCACCAGCUAUGACAGCAAUUAUCACUUUUGUAAAUAUAACAUGUUGGCAGAGGGAGCUGUAAAUAGCGCUGUGAAAGGCCUUAUGUUUGUUACUGUUCUGAUUGGCCAUGAAUGUCACUGUGAGUAAGUCAGUUGUGAUUAUAUUUCUAUGGCCAGCACAUGGAAAGAUCAAUCAAUGGCAGAUGAGUGAGUAAAUGUUUAUUUAUGUUUUGUUAUCACAUAGAGUCACUAUUUCUUUUACAAAAUUUCUUUGUUCAUUAUUCAAAAUUUACGGAAUUAGCUGAUUCACAUUCCUUAUAUUCUCAGUAUAACAAAACAAAUAAUAAUUGGCAUUGUUUUAAGACUGAAAUGUAUACUAUGUAGAAAACUAAGGAAGGACUCCUUAGAAGUGACAGAUUGGUUGACAUUGUGAAAAUUGUCUGCCAUUGGUCAAUGGAGCUGAAGCAAUAAUGGACGUCUUUGAACUUCUCUCAAACCUGUCCUCACCUGGUCUCUCUCUCCGUGUUUGCCUUUCCUUGCCAUGCCUUUUCCACCUCUUUCUAACUUAAGAGAUGGACAGCAAUAAGAAGCUGUGACAGGGCUAUCGAGAAAGACUGUUUUGUGAAACUCAGAGGGCAAGGACAAGAGAAAGAAAGAGAGAGAGAAAAGGACAAGAGAAAGGCAGGGGAGGAUGUGGGUGGUAGAGAGUAAGAAAAAGACGAUAAAGAAUUUACGAGUGUAAAGCAAAAUGCAGAAAAUGUCCUCCUCGGACAGAAGAUGUGUUCAGUAAUAAUACAGACAAAUCAGAAAAUAUUUUUUUGUCUCACUUUUAAUUUCCUGGGUCAAAUAAUGAUAGAAAAUUGCAUUGUAUCGUUCAUAUUAUUAAUUCUAGCAAUAUCCUAUCUGAUGUUUACCAUUAGAUAUUACAAAAGCUAAUAAUGCCGCCAUCUUUAUUCCACAGGUUUUAUAUGUCCCCCUGGCACAUUUAUGUCUCACGUGAUGUUUUGUUUAUGUAGAUAUGAGCUGGAUGGGUAAGGUCAAACUGCCUUGAGGUGCUCUCGAGUGACCAUAUUUGUGAGGUCGCUCCUAGAUGACCAAAGCAUUAGUUAUACCUUUUUACCCAGAAUGUAUGGAUUCUCACUUGAAUGUAAGAAUGUAAAAGAAUGAACUGUUGAAUGUUUUCUUUAAAACAAAAUGCUGGACAAUAAGCAUGACAAAAUAAAUAAAGGCUUA